GCCCCUUCCGCCCACCGCGCCAUCGAGCCUCUCUUCUCUGGUGUUAGGGUAGGUCUUUCAUUUGGGCCUUCUUAAAUUCGAAUCCCACUCUCCCUGGCCACCCCACGCCCCUUCUGGCACCUGUUAACACCUCACGAGCACCCAGUUGGUGGUUUCUAGCAGCACGUUUCAGGGACCAAGGACCAAUGCCUCAGUGAUCCAAUAAUUGGAUCACAGCAACUGAGAUCUCUCCAAGCAAUGAAGAAGUAGCCAUUACUUCCGAGAAGCAAGAAAGGGAAGAAGACGAGAAGACUGAAGCUAUAUUCCCUUCUUAAGGAAAAAGGAAGAAGAGUACUGCAUGUAAUCAAAUGGAAUAGUGGUGGGAUAUUUGGACAGUCUUCAGAAUAUAUUCAAGGGCAUGUAUAAAAUAUACAUGCAUAGAUACACAGAUAUAUGAAAAAAACUGGUAAUAAAGCCACUCUAGCAAUGGCUAGUUCGGAUGUGAAACCAAAAUCAAUAAGUCGUGCCAAAAAAUGGUCAGAAGAGAUAGAAAAUCUCUACAGAUUUCAGCAAGCAGGCUAUCGGGAUGAAAUUGAAUAUAAACAAGUGAAACAAGUUUCUAUGGUAGACCGCUGGCCAGAGACAGGAUAUGUGAAGAAACUCCAGAGGAGGGACAAUACCUUCUAUUACUAUAACAAGCAGAGGGAGUGUGAUGACAAGGAGGUGCACAAAGUGAAGAUUUAUGCUUACUGACCUCUCCUUUGUACCACUUGGUGAUGCUUUAACAUUUGUGGAUUCCGUUCUGCAGCACGUGAAUGCGACUUUCCCGAACAAUUCAAAGUACAUAAGUAUUGUGACUUUCAUUGGCUGAUCUUCAUGGAUUUGAAACACAAAAGCCAGGAAACUUGGCUUCUACUAAUUAUCCUAUCCUGUUCAGAAAUAGAGCUGCAGAUAUAUUAAAGAUGUUCCCUUCUUGGCCCUA